AUGUUCAUCGGCGGUCUGAAUUGGGAGACUACUGAAGAUUCCCUCAAGGGGUACUUCUCACAAUUCGGUGAGGUCAGCGAGUGCACAGUUAUGCGCGACUCUGCUACUGGCCGGUCCCGAGGUUUUGGUUUCCUCACCUUCAAGGACCCCAAAUGCGUCAACAUUGUCAUGGUUAAAGAACACUAUCUGGACGGCAAGAUCAUUGACCCAAAGCGGGCUAUUCCACGUGAAGAACAAGAGCGAACCAGCAAAAUCUUUGUCGGCGGUGUCAGCCAAGAAGCAACGGAGGAGGAUUUCACAAACUUUUUCAAGCAAUUUGGCCGUGUAGUCGAUGCCACCCUCAUGAUGGACAAAGAAACGGGCCGCCCUCGUGGCUUCGGUUUCGUUACCUUCGACGGUGAUGCGGCAGUAGAUGCUACACUACGCGGUCCACUUCAGAUUCUCGGCAAGCAAAUCGAAGUCAAGCGCGCCCAGCCUCGCGGAAACAUGCGCGAUGACGAUGGG